AUGAACGGGCACGUUACGCCACGAGAUGAGGCUGCCGCUCCAUCCACUACCAGCCCUACGAAUUCACAUAACUCGGCAAAUGGAGAAAGUAAAGGAAUCAACUGGGCACCUUUGAACAUCGGCCUCGAGCGUCGCUUGCAGACCUUUGUCGUGCUCUGCCACACACUCACAAUCGCAAUCUUCUUGACGGGAUUCUUCUUCACCUGCGCCAUUCCUUUAUUUUGGCCCCUUCUUCUCCCCUAUCUCGUCUACGUCACGCUCUUCUCAACAGCUGCCACCUCGGGUGAACUCAAGGGCAGAAGAAAUUUCCUGCGCCACCUGCCCAUCUGGAAAGUCUACGCCUCGUACUUCCCCGCCCGUCUUCAUCGGGAGGAACCGUUGCCCCCAACCAAGAAGUAUAUCUUCGGCUAUCACCCCCAUGGAAUCAUUUCCCACGGCGCCUUCGCAGCCUUUGCCACCGAAGCGCUCGGCUUCUCCAAGCUCUUUCCGGGCAUCACCAACACCCUUCUCACACUCGAUUCCAACUUCCGCAUUCCCUUCUAUCGCGAGUACGCCAUGGCCAUGGGUCUGGCCAGCGUCUCUCGCGAAUCCUGCGAGAAUCUCCUCACCAAGGGCGGUGCCAACGGGCAAGGCAUGGGCCGCGCGAUCACCAUCGUAGUCGGUGGAGCUCGAGAAUCACUCAAUGCACAGCCAUCUACGCUCCGACUGGUCCUGAAGCGUCGCAAGGGAUUCAUCAAGCUGGCCAUUCGGACAGGGGCGGAUUUAGUACCCGUGCUUGCGUUUGGAGAAAACGACCUCUACGAGCAGGUCCGCUCGGACGAACAUCCUGUCAUUCACAAGGUGCAGAUGCUGGUGAAGCGCACCAUGGGCUUUACCAUCCCGCUUUUCCAUGCGCGAGGAGUAUUCAAUUACGAUGUCGGAUUGAUGCCUUAUCGUCGGCCGUUGAAUAUCGUAGUUGGGAAACCGAUCCCUGUGAUGCAGCAGUCGAAUCGGGACAAGAUCGAUGACAGCUACAUCGAUGAGCUUCAUGCGCGGUACGUGCAGGAGCUAGAACGGUUAUGGGACCAGUGGAAGGAUGUCUAUGCCAAAGACAGGACGGGAGAGCUGGAAAUCAUCUCAUAG